CCUCCCUACUCUUUGCAGGACGUCACCGCGGACUGCAGGGGCCUGAGCCGCCGCCCCUGCCGCGCAGCCCCACAUCAGCGCACGGGGGACCCCGUCGUCGCAACCAAAAAAGUCGCCGCCGCUAGGGUUGCCACCGCAUCGGUGCAGAGCAAGAUGGCAUCAGCCACAGACUCACGCUACGGGCAGAAGGAGUCCUCGGACCAGAACUUCGAUUACAUGUUCAAGAUCCUCAUCAUCGGCAACAGCAGCGUGGGCAAGACGUCCUUCCUGUUCCGCUAUGCUGAUGACUCCUUCACGCCUGCCUUCGUCAGCACCGUGGGCAUCGACUUCAAGGUCAAGACCAUCUACCGCAACGACAAGCGGAUCAAGCUGCAGAUCUGGGACACGGCAGGGCAGGAGCGGUACCGGACCAUCACCACAGCCUACUACCGGGGCGCCAUGGGCUUUAUUCUCAUGUAUGACAUCACCAAUGAGGAGUCCUUUAAUGCCGUGCAGGACUGGUCAACCCAGAUCAAGACAUAUUCAUGGGAUAAUGCACAGGUGCUGCUGGUAGGGAACAAGUGUGACAUGGAGGACGAGCGAGUCGUGUCAUCAGAGCGUGGCCGGCAGCUGGCCGACCACCUUGGGUUCGAGUUCUUUGAGGCAAGUGCCAAGGACAACAUCAAUGUCAAGCAGACCUUUGAGCGCCUGGUGGAUGUCAUCUGUGAGAAGAUGUCCGAGUCGCUGGACACGGCUGACCCCGCCGUCACGGGUGCCAAGCAGGGCCCACAGCUCACGGACCAGCAGGCGCCCCCGCACCAGGACUGUGCCUGCUGAGAGCUGCCUGGCCCCCCUCUCUGGCCCUGCCCCAUCCCCCUGGGCCUGACCCGGGCCCCACGGGCUGCGGGCAUGAGAUCUUGCCCUUGUCCUCCUUAUUUAUUAUCCUAGCUAUUUAUUUAUUUAUUGGAGAUGUUCCCAGGGCUCAGGCUCAUUCCGCCUCCCUACAGCCCCGUCCACCCUGCCCAGCGGGCCCAUUCUGUACAUACACCCCACCCUGCCUGUCCCCUCCCUGCUCUGCCA